AUGGCCGAGCAAUGUGUCAGCUACCUGCGUACCGAGGUGCUCAAACAGGCUUCUCGACGUGCUCCACCAAGGCGAAAAGGCGAUGAGUCCUCUGACUCCAAGUUAUGGAGGCCCCCCUUGGCAAAGUACACAGUUACCUCCUGGGUAAUCCAUGGCAGAAAAGCCUCCGAUGACAUCGAAAAGGUUGUAAGGAAGAUCCCAAAUCUAGAACGUUUCUUGACUCAGUGGCUAGCAGCCAUCUGGGCGCUCUACCAACACGAAGACAUUCCAUUCAAUGGCCGACUCCCAAAUGCCAGAAACAUGACGCCAAUGUGCAUAGGCGCCUACAUCGGAAUUCCAAAGUUGGUGGAGGUCUUAGUUGAGAAUGAGGCAGAUGUUAGCGAGAAGGACGGUUCGGGCUUCUCGCCUCUUUGCUACGCAGCCGAUGGAGGGCAUGAGAGAGUGUUACGUUUGCUACUUGAGAAGGGUGCAGAUAUCAACGCACAAUCUGAAAAUGGGAUGACAGCGCUCUUUGCUGCAGUUGAAGGUGGACACGAACGCAUUUUAGAUCUUCUGCUCAAAUCCAAACCCAAGGCCGAUCACACAAUCACACGGGGUACGCUUCGGCAAACCCCACUGCAUGUGGCAGUUGACAAGCUAGCACAUGGGAUGGUAGAGUUACUUCUAGAGCACGAUGCUGAUCCCAAUUCCAAGGAUCUCCACAGCUGUACACCACUUCAUAUUGCUGCAGCCGGAGGCAUUCAGGUGAUGCAAGACAUGAUGCGCCUCCCGGAGGGUGGGUGCUGUGCUGGGUCAAGCUCGGCCAUGUCAUUUGGCGGUCCGAAGCACAUCAAGAUCAAAGCCGAGGACCAAGCCGAGAAUAGAUCCUAUGCAGACAUGGUCGAAUUGCUCAUUGAUCACGGCGCGGAUGUUUCGGCUCGUGACCGAAAUUGCCACACACCACUCCACUUGGCAGUUGAUGGGGGCUACGAGGCUAUUGCCCAGGUAUUGAUUGACUAUGAAGCCGAGAUUGAUGCCGUGGACAAAGAUGGAUGGACACCUCUGCAAUGGUCUGUCGAAAGAGGCUUAGUCAACAUGACCCAGCUGUUGCUCGAAAAUGAUGCGAGCCCCGACAUUGUAGACAAGUUCGGAAGGACAGCAUUACAUUGGGCUGUUUUUAAAGAAAACAUGGCGAUAGUAAAGAUCCUAUUAGAACACAGAGCGCAGCCUAACAUCCUCGACAUCUACUCUGGAGCAACACCACUGCACUUGGCGUUAUAUAGAGAAGAUAAGGAUAUGGUACUGUUGCUGUUGAAGCAUGGUGCCAACCCGAAUGCUCAGUCUGAGAUUCGAACAUCCUUUGCUGAAGAGAUCAAAGCCAAAUUCAAGAAAACACCCUACCCGUACGGACGGAGCAGUGUGAGGAACUAUCUUCUGACGUCGAAAUCAGUGAGCAAGGUGUGUGAGGGCAAAUCUGCUGGCAUCCCCCUACAAUGGGGGAAUGAAGAGAUGAGGACCAUCCUUCUUGAGAACGGUGCUGAUCCGAACCUACAAGAGAACGAGCUCGGCUUGUCCUUGCUGUUCCGUGCAGCAGCUUCCGGGGAACAUGAUCUAGUACGGCUGUUAUUGGACAAGUACCACCCGCCAUUAGCUGCCCGAAAUGCACUUCAGCAGACGGUUCUUCACUAUGCAGGGACUGCAAAGAUUGCAGAAAUGCUUCUUGACGCGGGAGCUAAUAUCAACGCCGCGGACGUAAAUGGCAGAACAGCUCUACACUCCGCGGCUGCGUUUGGAUUGUGA